UCUUUCAUAUCAAGUCGAAUUUUCUCUUCAUUCACGGCUGCAAACGGCAAGACUAUGGCUCCAUUGGAACUUAUGCAUCAGCUGGCAAAGCGCGACGAUGACGGACCGAGGAAGGCGACUAUGAGUAGACCAGACUUGACGCUCGAAGCAUGGGCUCAAGGUUUCAACGUGGGAAGUUUGAUCAUUCUCAUCCUCAUUGUCUUCUGUAACUAUCGAGGUGGAAUCUGGCUUCACAAACUGAUUCUGCUGGAGCUUGUCCUCGCUCUCUGGCACGGCACGUUCAUCUUCUUUUCGGACCCUUCGUAUGGAUGGUACUUGUCCGUCACCGCGACUCUACUCUUCAUAUCAUACCAAAUCCACAAUGUCGUUUCCUGGUUGAAGAUCCGGCCUUUCCUUCCGCGCUGGGGUUCCAUCCUCUUCAUCUCUUCUCUCAUGUUCGUACAGCCCUUCUGGGUCGUGGAAGCCUGGUCCAACUUCGAAUACUUCAACCACCUAGGCUCCAAAGCCAACAUCCGUAUUCGACCUUGGGAAGCGUUGCUACGUGAUCCAUGGUGGAUCUUCACAACAAUAUGGUUGAUCCGCGCGAUCCAGAAGUCGUACCAGUUCACUUUGAAAGCAUUGGUGAAACUCAACAGGAGGUUCGGCGUAUUGCUCGCAAGCAUGUUCCUCUCCAUUAUCUUCCUGGUCACGGACAUUGCGGUCAGCGCAGCUCGCGUUACUGCGUCAUCCGGUAUCAACCCGUUCUGGCGUUUCGCCCUCGUCUUCAAGUGCGCAUCCGAUGUGAUCUUCCUCGACGAUUUCAAGACUGUACUCGAUGAGAUCGUGGCUCACAGGUUCGGCGGUAUGACUGGCGGCUCGCGCCAUCGUGCGCAGAUGUCUCAAAAUCGGAGUGUCAACAAUCAUAGCAAUCUCGCCAGCCAACUUCGCAGCGGCCACCACCCUAACUUGGACCAUUUCCCUGGUGCAAGUGGUCCUGCUGACAAGGGCAAAAUUCCUCCGCAGGAUCGGGAAACCGGCUUCGAGACGCUUGUGUCGUCUGGUGCGCCUAAGCGACCGUCUGUCGUCAGGUGGCUAGAUCCAUUCAAGCAUCGUCAUGAUCGCAACAAACCCAAGCCUGCUACUGCUCAAGAUGACAACCAGAUCCAGCACACCACAGAAAUGUCCACGAGGAGUGAGGUUUGGGACGAGACGAUGGGUUCUCCGAGUGGCCAGCAGCCCCGGGUCGCCCCACCACCUCCUCCACCACCACCUGCUGUACUGGCAAGUCGCACGGCGCAGGGUACCAAGACCGCAUCGCCCCGUGCCAGCAGGAUGGCGUAG